UUCAUUCCUGUCCUCUAAAACAUCUCGAAAAAUAUUCUGUGCAGAAAAAUUUACAUACGUAAUACCAUGGCCACCGCCACAGAUUUUCUAGAUACCGUAACAAAGUACACAUCCUACCUGGGCCAUGGUUCCUACGGAUUUGUAGUAAAGGCAGAGCACAAAGACAAAACUUGCACCUGCAUAAAAUUCAUUUAUCCGACAGAAGACGAAAAGUUAUUACUUCAAACUCAGCGGGAGCGCAGUUUAACAAUCAAACUUCCGGAACAUCGACACAUUGUCACGAUUAAGAAUUCCAUUGACAAGCGAGAUUUUAAUCCGACGUUUUCAGCCUUUGCCCGAAAGAAGUUAAGGGCAAAUGGGAGGACAAACUAGCAAAAUUAAAAGAAUUGAGAUGGACUUGUAUUCAGAUGGAGCUCUGUGGAAAGAAUUUAUCAGACUGGCUACGCCACCCGGGAAUAACAAUUGACUCAAUAUUCAUCCAACUAAAGCAAAUUAAAAUUAUUGAAGGUAUAGUUUCCGGUUUGAAAUUUCUACACAGCAAUAAAAUUAUUCAUCGCAAUUUGAAGCCCGCCAAUAUUAUGUUCCACUCGAAGUAUGCUCCCCAUAAAAAUAGGAGAUUUUGGUCAGUGUCGCACACUACUCAAUAAUGACAACCAUACUUUGACUAAAAGUAGCAUUGGAACUCGUGUAUAUAGGGCGCCGGAAGUUUUAAGUGGAAAAUAUUCCUAUCAGUCUGAUUUGUUUUCGCUGGGAUUAAUAAUUUGGGAGGUUGUGGAUUUAAUUAAUGAGAGUGAAAUUAGUAGUCUAUUUGACAGACUAAUUUCGGAUCGAGCAACCCAACUAGUCAAGCAAGAGCAUCCUCUAAUCGGAAAAAUUGGCUUCGAGCUCGUUGUCAAUUUAGUGAAAAGAAAUAUUACGGAAAGAUAUAAAACCAUGGAGGACGUUGAGAAAAUAAUUGACAAUUGGAAAUCGGUACAAAUCAUGGAUAAAGCAGUAACAUGCCGCACUGGAGAAGAUUUGGAACUGUGCUUGUCAUUUCCCUCCCAGAAUUGUAUCAUACUCUUGGAAGAAGGUGAUUUUCAAGGUCAUUUCAUCGUUUCACACGACAACGUAAGAAUCCUGGGACAAGGAGUACACAAAACGAGGAUUAAGUCAUCAUUCAGUUUCGAUAUUUGUGGAAAUGACUGCUCAAUUUCGAAUUUGUCAAUAUCGCCAACCAACACCUUGGACUUUUCCCUUAACAUUAAGGGGUCACGUAACAGAUUGGAAAGCAUUAUUGCCCGUGGGAUUAAUGUGAGCGGCAAUGAAUGCACCUUAACUAAUAUAAAUGUUCAUAAUGUCGUCCGUGGAAUUCAAAUUUGUGGAAGUCAUAACCAUAUUUAUUAUGUAAACUUUACAAAUAUUGCGGAUCAAUAUAUUGCGCUGGGCGAUAAUUCAGAGAACUGUACAGUUUCUGGCAUGUCAAUUAAGGAUAGUGGAAAAUUUGUCUUAGAGCGUGGAACCAGUCGUCGAGUAGUAACAGAUGAUAUAAACAAUCCCAACCAACGUGGCGAAAGCAUUGCAGAAGCCUCAAAGGAUACUUCCGACCUGUUCAAAAAUAUUGACGCCAAAAUUUCCGAGCUGCACAAAACUGCUAUAGUCAAAUACAGGAAUGGAUUUAAAGAAAGACAAAUCCAUGCUCAAAGCGAGGAGGAACUGAAGAAAACACACGAAACCGUGUCAUCCAUUGUUUUAGACGAGUUUGAACACAGUUUUGUAGAAAUCGGAGAUAUGCAAAGGUUCAGGCAGCAGAAAGUUGCUUUACAAUCCGAACUCCAAGAUUUGCAUAGAAAAUAUUUGAACGAUUUCCUUGCACGUGACGCGAAGACUAGACACGAAAUUAACAAAAUCUUGGAAAAUUACAAGACCCAGGUACAAUCUGGAUUGGAUCCAUUUUAUUGCGUCUCGGAUUCAAAAUUGAAAGCUCUUCAUGAACUCGCUUUCUCCGAAGCGCUAAAACAAUAUCAAAAAUCGAUUCAGGUGACAAAAUCUUCAAACUCAAAUAACAACCUCUAUGAUAAUCUCCUCAGACGAAAACUGGACGAGACCUUUAAAUUAUUCGAGAGUGAAAAUAUCGCCAAAAAUACAAUUGCGGGCCUUAACGUGAUUGGAAUCUUGAAUGAACCUGCAGCCGCAGCAAUUGCAUACGGUUUGAAUUACACGGACGACGAGUCAAGAAAUAUCUUGGUGUAUGACUUGGGUGGUGGUGUCUUUGAUGUUUCGGUUUUGACGGUGAAAGAGUGUGAUAUCAAUGUUCGAGCAGUUGGAGGAGAUAACCACUUGGGAGGAGAAGAUUUCGAUACGAACAUGCUCACCCAUUGUGUCCAAGAGUUUCAAAAGGCGCACAAUAUCCAGCUUGACAAGGUUGGGAAUGAACGUGAUAGAAAUUCACGACUUCGACGAAUCAGAGCAAAAUGUGAAAAAGCAAAGAUUAGUCUUUCGUCUUCGCAAACAAUUAUAAUUUCUAUUGAUCGAAUUUAUGAAGACUACCAUUUGCAAGUGGAAAUUACAAGACGGAAGUUUAAUGAAUUGAAUGAACACUUGUUUAAAAAAACAAUAACAAUAGUUACGAAAGCAUUAGAAGAUGCCAAAAUGGAGGCAGAAGCAAUAGAUGACAUUGUUCUUGUUGGAGUGUCCACAAAGAUUCCCAGAGUUCGGGAAAUUCUGCAGGUAUAUUUCAAGGGGAAAAAGUUUCAUUUUGCGAUCAAUCCGAAAGAAGUGGUGGCACGGGGAGCUGCUAUUGUGGCGGCGAUGAAAAGUGCUGAGAAUUUAAAGGAACCUGGAAAAAUUUAGGACAAAUAAGGAAGCAAAGGUUGUAAUACGAUACCAACGACACCACGAUUAACUUUUUCUCUCUAUAAAUUGUGCAUAAAUAGUAAAUUCUGACUUUAAUUAAAUAAAUGUAGUACUAAUUAUUGUGUCAGUGUAGCUUGGCAAUGUUGAAUUUACAUUAUGUCAUACCUGGUUGGGAAAACGAAUACCGAAUGCACAUGAAUAUGUAUGGCACGCACAAAUUUAUUCGGCACUGUUGAGAAAAAUGUAAUCAAGUUACAAAUAAAUUACUAAUAUCGAUGUAGUUCUGUAAUCAAUUUUAUUGUUAAUUGUUAUGUCAUGCAUGCAAUGGCUCCGCUCUACGCAUGGAUUUAGAUAACAACAAUGUUACAAGUUUAACAAAUUAUUAAAUUUUAGGUAAUAAAGU